UAACAAUAAAUCACCGAGCUCUCCAUACUUGCAUAAUGGUCCUAAUAAAAAAUAGUACGAGUGAUAACUGUUUUUAAAUGAUUACAAUGGAAAGAAAAUUGCGGUAAUUGAGACACUGCGCACGAAAAAUCAGCGCCCAUCUCUCUUUUUUCGAUCACCUAACCUUGUUGCUUCACGGUGGUGUAUGUGCUACUCGCCCAACUAUUUUGCUUACGGUCAUUUCUAAGUUUUUUUCGGUUUUUAAAAAGAAGUUCGUGAAUAUUACGGUUAAUUUGUUAUUAUUGAAAUGUACGAAGUGAAUAGUGCGAACUGCAUAACGUAGGAUAAGUACAGAAACUGAUUGUGUCUCAUUAUUUUUGUUUGAUCUGCAUGAUCUCAUCAUUAAGAAGUGACAGUCCAUAAACGAUACCAAAGUAAAGUAUGAUAAGGUUAUUGUUAUGCACUAAAAGAAUCGGCUAGAAAAUAGAAGCAUGAAGAAGCAAUUUUUCCGCGUCAAGCAGCUGGCCGAUCAAACUUUCCUAAAGGCUGAUAAAAGUGACGUACUGAAUCAUGAUGAAUUGCGAAUUGCCGAUCAUAAGGUCGAAUAUUUUCGAACUACCCUAACGAAUAUUAGCAAACGUCUUCCGACAACUCAAACUUCUGAAGCCGCAGGGGACAAGCGCAUGAAAAAGUAUGCCGAAUACCAACUGGCGCAAGUCUUGCAGGAGCAAGGAAUGCGAAAUGGCGAGACCGAGUGCAGAUUACUCCAACCGAUCAUUAAGGAAUGUGCUGCAGCGGAAUUGGAGUUGGCGAGAGAGCAAGCCGAUCACGAGUUGAAAGUCGAACAAAUUGUCAGCACCCCCUUGCAGAAGAUCAUCGAUAAUGACCUGCCUAACAUUAUAAAGCACAAACGUAACUUAAAUAAGUAUAUUUUAGACCGGGACUCUGCUAGUAAUCGUUAUAAUGCGUCAAAAAACGGCAACAACAAGGAGUCGCUUAAAGAUGACAUGGAAGAAGCGGACACUAAGGUGGAGCAGCACCGAGACACAUUGGCUGUGGAAAUGUUCAGCUUACUGCGGAAAGAAUCCGAAAUAGCCCAACAUGUACUACAGUUACUUAAACUUCAGAGGGCCUAUCACGAAAGUGCCUUGAAAAGUUUAGAAAAAAUUAUUCCUAGUCUUGAACAAAAAAUAGGAGAUAGUUCGGUUAAGACGGUCUUUGGCAUACCGCUCGAGGAACAUUUGCGCGUAACAAAUCGAAAGUUGGCCUACCCCUUGGAGAUUUGCGUCUGCGCGUUAUCGGACGGCGGUAUGUCGGAGGAAGGUUUAUUUCGGGUGGUCGGUAGUGCAUCCAAAGUGAAACGUUUAAAAUUAGCGAUCGAUUCGGGCUGUUUCUCGUUACCCCUACUCUCCGAGUAUAGAGACGUUCACGUCUUGGCGAGUACUUUAAAGUCUUACUUACGCGAUCUCCCCGAACCCUUAUUAACGUAUAGCUUAUACGACGAGUGGAUGGACGCCAUGCAUUAUCCCGAAGAGCAGAGGGUGGCGGUCGUCCAAAAAAUACUUAAGAAACUUCCGCAGGCCAAUAAAGAUAACUUAACUUAUUUAGUACAAUUCUUCGCGAAACUAUCGAAAAACGCCGAAAAUAAAAUGACAGCCUCAAAUAUCGCGAUAGUCAUUUCGCCUAAUUUACUAUGGAGGCAAAAUAUGGAGAUGGACAUGCAUAUGGCGAACUGUAUGACGCUGAACAUGAUCGUCGAAAUGUUCAUAUCCAACGCAGAGAUACUAUUUUCGGAUAGCGUCAACAGUUACCUGACGAUGACCCCGGCCGAGCUGUGUCCGGAGGAAAUGGAGAAAAUUAGUCACGAAUCGGGCGGAGAGUUUGUCUCCGGUAAUUACAGCAUGGACCAUUUUAGUCAUCCGGAAACGGCCAGUCCUAAACCUCAAAUACGGGCGCGUAAGUCGAAAUUGGCGCCAACGCCACCUGUCACGCUGAUGAGCAAAAGUGACGAGUACAGCACCGAACACGUGCUGCCAUCGUAUCCGUCGGGGAGUACUACUCUAAAUAGGUCGCAUAAGUCCAAGGCGAAUCAGGAACAUAAAGUGAAAGUCUUGACGACAGAAGACGCAACUUCUAGUCAACGUCGGCAGAGUUUGGUUCUUGACAACGGAUCAUCCGAAACAAUCGAACAAGCAAACAUGCACAAGCCAAAUGAUCACGCAAGAUCACCUCUAGUCAACUUAGAUGAAUCGCAAACUGUCGAAGUAACCUACGUCUCUCAACCAACGGCCAGUAUUCAAAUCUCCAAGGCAAAACCGAUUCAGCAAAUCGCUGCGCAAACGGUAAACGUAGAUAAGAUCACGAUCACCUCAAACAACAUCCACUCAAAGGGGAACAGUACUCCAAUCGUUGACGGUAAAUUGACAAUCAAGCCGAUUGCGGCGCCUCGUACUAGUGUAAUAUGUGAUAGCCAAAAACCUCCGGUGGACACGUCACGAAGUCAAAUCUCCAGGGUAGACUCUGUAAUGAGCAAGUCCUUAAAUUGUGUAGACAUCGAUGGCGAUCCUGUGCAAUUGCGGAAAACAUACGACAAUGCUAACGAAAGACCUUCAAAGCCCGUUGUACCCGUACGCCCGCCUUCCCUAAAAACGUCCGUACGGAGUGCCUCGGAAAUCAUCGACCCGGCGUUACAGCGCACCCAGUGCUCUGUGUACAGCGUCGCCAAUAAACAGCAACCGAGCUAUGUCAACAUUCAGCUGAAAAACAUCGACAAAUUCCAAGCGGGCCACGACACGCAAAUGGCCGAGAAGGAGAAAUUUCUGGGCCAUCACGUCGAGAAACCCCAGUCUAGGCCCUCCAUCGAGAACAAGUGCGGCGACGUUAACUUCAAUUUCACCGAGACAACGCGCAGUCGCACGUCGUCGGUAGGUAGCAACAACAGACCCGAAAUACCUCCGAAACUGGGCAUAAUGAAGUCGAAUGAAAAGUUAAAUUCCGAUUCAGUAGAGAAGCUAAACGGAAACACGAAAGCUAGUCAUACACGCACACAGUCGGACGGCAACAUCGUCGACGCCGUUCUUCCGGGCACGCUGCUUCAAACGCCGCCCUCCCCCCGUAGCCUGAACAAACCGACACAACCUCCGCCGCCGCCGCCUGUCAAUCGAAUUAAAUCAGAUUCGGAUAGUACUGAUUUAUAAUAUGCUCAUGAGUUGGUGAUUAUUAUUAGCGAUAAGUAUAUUAAUAGAGGGCGCCCUUUGUAGCACCUCUUCACUUUGAUAUUUUACUCUGUGCGGGAGUGCGUACUACAAGGGCGCUCUGUAUUUAAACGUUUUAGUUGACUGAAAUUAUGAAUUUUACAAAAAGUUGUUCUGUGUUAAGUUUAAAAUUGUACGCGAGGUGCUGCAAUACUUAGGUUGCCAGUAACGGCGGUUCACUCCACUUCAAGUAGUAUGUAGCAUGGUGCUAUGUACACGUUGUUAUACCUCUAGGAAAUUUAGGCAACUACUUCCGACUUCUAUCUUGCCAGAGAAAAAAACCAUACUUUGCAGUUCUUCUAAUGUAUUUCAGUAUUAGAUCAAUCUUUGGCGUCGUUCAAUAUUAUAAAUGCACAAUGCAAUCAAUGUUUCGCUUUAGUUGUAUUUAAGAGGCUUCAACAUGUGUAAAGAAAAGAAAGAAUUAAGUAAAUUUUUAUAAAAUAUAUCGGUAAGGGCUCUUGUAAUAGAAGCUUUUAAAAAAUUCACGUUUGAAAUUGUUGAGAAUUUAGCCGAUGGAAUUUGGCAAUUUUUUUUAUUUAUUAUAUAUUUUAAGUUUUGCUUUUCUUUGAAAUGCAUUUAUUAAUAUACAAAAUGUAUGAGAUGUUUUAGUUUGUCAAAUUUAUUUUGUAAACGUUCAAUAAAUGAAAUGUUGAUCAAC